UGAAAAACAGCUGACCCAGCUGUCUUGUCUUAUACUUAAAUACUGUUUUUGUUUACAAGUUAAAAUAUUAUUAUAGUUUUAUAGUGUGAAUUUAGUACUGAAGCGGCAUAUUGUAAAAUUUCACGGGGUAAAUUAUUGAACACGAUGGUGGGUGAAACUAAGGCAAUACUUUAUGGAUUCUGGCUGUCAUCGUGCUCGUGGAGAGUCCGUGCUGCGUUACAUCUGAAGCGGGUUCCGUACGUGGAACGAAACGUGGACAUCGUGAAGGAACGAAGUCAACUCACUCAGGAGUUUGAGGCGAUCAACCCGACACAGAAAGUACCAGCUUUGUCUAUCGAUGGCACCACGAUCGUGGAAUCAAUGGCAAUAAUUCAAUAUCUAGAGGACACAAGACCGAUCCCGGCACUGACCCCGACAACCCCGCUACUAAAAGCUCGGAUGCGAGAAGUUUGUGAGGUGAUUGUAUCUGGAAUCCAACCGCUACAAAAUGUCGGGCUUAAGAGUCACUUUGGGAACGAGACCGAGUAUACGAGAUUUACCAAGUAUUGGACGGAACGCGGCUUGAUAACUCUCGAGAAAAUGUUAAAUAAAACUUCAUGUGAUAAAUACUGUGUUGGCAAUCAAUUCACAAUGGCUGAUUUAUGUUUGGUGCCUCAGUUGUUUAAUGCUGUAACAAGGCACGAAUUAGCUCUCAAUAAAUAUCCAACACUUUCGAAAUUAUAUGAAAGUUUGCUGCAAGAAGAAUGCUUUGUGUGUACGCAUCCAAAUGAAGUUAAACGUCAAAAAUUAUCACAAUAAUGUUUUUUUAUUAUUUACUAGCUGACCCGACCGACGUUGUUCUGUAUAUAAUAAAUAAAAUAAGGUUUUUAUAUGAAUUUGUCAAUAAUAUACCAUAACAUCAAAAAUUACUUCGUAAAAUAUGCACCCUGCUGUCGUAAUGAAAUUGUUUCGCAGCAGAACUGUCAAACCGUGCGGCAAUAAAUUCUUUCAUAGAAAUUAUGUAUGGACACAUUAAAGGAAAAACAAAUUUGU